AGACAUAGGAGUCUGGAAUGUAUGUAGAUCAUGGAUAUAUCCAUAGCAUUAUGCUGUGUGUAUGUUUGCCAAUAAUCACAUUUUUCAAACCUGAGCUGUCAGAGAUUCAGACCAAAUUAUGAAACUGUCGUGCGCUAAACUUCCUGCGUAUGCAGCUAUUUUGUCUCGAGCUCAUGCUGCUUGUAACAUUGUAGCAAACUGUUGUUAUUAUUAGCUUGCUAGCUUAGCUGUGCUACAAUGUUGGAAGGACUAACACAACAGAUAACCCUUAUCCUAACGUUCUCAGGAAUGUCACAACAAAUGAUAUGGAACGUUUUCCAAGAAUCUACGUCACAAUAUUUGUCAUGAACUGUAAUGGUUCGCUACACUACAAAUUUCUUGCUGUUGGAAGACACACCCUCCACAUUUAUUUAUCACACUUCCGUGCAUCGGACGGGGUGGCACAAGCGUUGAUCACGCCAGUCAGUAGAAUUAGCUAAACAACAUUCUCACGAUUCGAGGAGCGUCUAUGACAGCCCAGCCGUGAAUGAUACAGUAUGUUAUGUCUUUUCGGAAAAUGUAUCGAAACCGAAGGGCUAUCGAAGCACCGGAUUGUGGUAAACAAGCAACAUCAAGGACCAACAAUAAAUCCUGAAGUUACGGUAUGGCUUUGGCUCUCACAGCAUGGAUGUGGUAUCCUCUCUCUGUCCUAUAGUGUAUCAGGUCAGGUUUUACAGAUGCUUUGAACAGUUUCUAAUGGACCUACAAUCUCAGGAUAUCUCAGAAUAAGCUCCUCUAAUUUACCAGGGUAGGAACCAAGACCCUGUGGAUUUCAGAGUAACGUUACACCAUUUUACCCAAGACCUACUUUCGAGAGGCAGAGGGCGUGCAUUGUCUAAGUGGGAAUGGGGAACUGGUGUUGUCCUGCUGCUAGUCCCUGUGACAAUGUGGAGGAAAGAAGUGGGUUACUUCAUGGGGGUGUCAAGGAUCCAGCAUCCUCCUCAGAAUGUGGAGAGGUCGCUGGAUUCCACAAUGGUUCCAAAGCAGAUUCUGAAGUGAGGAAAGCGGGAGGAGACGAUGCAGAGGAAAAUAAAGAGAAAGAGGUGGCUGUUGUGACUGUGCAGGUGUGGCGCAGUGUCUCUCCCAAAACCAAUAGAAAGGAAGACACUGCCCAGCCCCAGACUAUAGAGAAGAAUGGACUCCUCCAGACAGAAGACAGAGAGGAUGAAGAACCCUCUCCCAUCACAGACACUGGACUCAUAGCAAACUCCAUCCUUACAGCACUGGACAAAAGCACUGAGGAUAUAGCCACAGAGAGCACAAAUGUAGAAGCUCAGAUUUGCACUUCAGAUCCUCCCCAGGGUCCCCAUAAGGAAGAUGCCCGAGGAGGAGGAGAUGCAGAGAAGGUCCCGGCUGAGAUAGAAGCUGUUGCUGAGCAGACCUCCCCUGUGGUCCAGAAUGAACACUCGGAUAAUAUAACAAUUACACCCGAUGCUAAGGACAAAUGCCCUGAAGCCUUCUCCCUCAAAGCUGAGAUACCAGUAGAAUCCAUUACCUCUGAAACUGUGGAUGAGGUUUCAACAAUACCCCUCCACAAUGCGGUGGAUGUACUGUCAGAGCCAGAGAAGUGUUGUCUUGGCACUGUGGAGGUCACAUCUCUCCCAGACACCCAGCUCACCCCACCAGAGGCCUCUGAGGAGGCAGCAUCUACUGACAGUGUCCCUCACUUGCCCUCAUCUCCAUCUCCCACUAGUACUGUGAUAAAGGGGGUUGAUGAUAAAGAGAAUAGGAGCUCUGUAGCGCACCUAGAUGAUAGUCCACAGGAUCCAGAGGCCUCUCCUGCUUUAACAGAAGCUACAGAGCCCACCCAGAAUGGUCUGGUUCCUCUAAACUUCACUGGCCUAGUGAAGGAACCAGUGAAAAUGUGUCCCUCUAAGACCAGCAACAGUCAAAACUCCUGUGAAGAAGAGAAGGAAGGUAUCCAGUGUGGAUUGACUGAAGUCCCAUCUUUGGAAGACCUCUUAGAUGAAGGAGAGGAGGAAGAAGUGCCAGAAACAAAGGAACAGAAGGAAAAGGAGGAGAUGAAGGAGAGUGCUGCUGCAGGAGCCAUGACAGGGGAUGAGACUGGAGGGGAGGAGGUCCAAAAAGGAGAGGCCCUUCGGGGGCCCAGCACCUCAGCUGAUUUGGAGGUGUUACCAGUGAGGGAGGGAGAUGGUCCUGCUGGGGAGGAUCUGGGAGUUAGCGAGGAAGACCUGUAUCGAGGAGCUGAAGAGCUCCCCCAGGGGCCAGUCAAACAUGCAGGACCGGAGCCACUGUUUGAAAUCACACUUCCAAAGGUUGAGGACAGAUGCAGUCUGGAGCCGACGUUGGAUAUUAUGUCCUACAGUGAGAGAGAGUGGAAGGGAAACACUGCCAAAAGUACCCUUAUUAGAAAGGGUUACACAGAGUUGUCUCAGAGGUUUGGGAGCCUGAGACGGGUGAGAGGAGAUAACUACUGUGCCCUCCGAGCCACUCUGUUCCAGGUGCUCUCCACCAGCACCCAGCUGCCUGUCUGGCUGCAGGACGAACACAUCUCCAUGUGGCUGGAGGAGCUGGAGGACCUGAUAGGCCAGUGGAUGUUCCCCUCAGAGUGCAGACAGAGGGAGGGAAGAGAAGACGCCGUCCAACAGCUCAAACGCUACAUGAAACUCCUCCAGAACAGGUGGCAGGCGGCGGUGGGCUGCUCCAGCGCGGAGGAGAGACUGCGUCUGUGUGAGCGUGUGUUCCAGGGAGGGGAGGAGGAGCUGGGCCUGCUGGAGGCUCUGAAGCUCCUCAUGCUGGGCCGGGCUGUGGAGCUCCACACCACCAUGCAAGAGGGAGGGGACGUGCCUGUCUUCUGCUGGCUGCUCUACGCACGCGACUCCUCCGACUGCCCACGCACCUUCCUCUCCAACCACCUGAGCCAAGUGGGAUUCAGCGGGGGGCUGGAGCAGGUGGAGAUGUUUCUGCUGGGGUAUGCCUUGCAGUGCACCAUCCAGGUCUACAGACUGUACAUGGCACACACAGAGGAGUUUGUCACCUAUUUUCCCGACGACCAUAAGGAAGACUGGCCCUGUGUAUGUCUGGUCACAGAGGAUGACCGCCACUACAACGUCCCAGUGGGCCAACCCAAUGGACUCCAGGUCCCAGAAGACCUCACUGCAAGCUGAUUGGACUUGAAGUCCCUGAUUUGCCACUGAAGAAGAAGCUCAUGGCAGGCAGAACAGAGAGCACUCCUCAUGUUGACUGGGUGAACACUGAACAUAUUCCUGCCUAUUGGCAUUAUGGCCCCAUUUACACCUGGUGAAAAAUAGCUUUUGGAAUCUGACUAGAACUGAUGAUUGAAUAGAUAUCAGUUCACAGGUUCUGUAUCACCAUCACAGGAUGCAUUUUUUUUUUUAUAGCAGGUGUAAAUGGGUACUAAUGGGUAGAAAUGGUUACUAAAACAUCCAUAAAGGGUGAGAGCAGAGUAGGCUACAGUACGCAGAGGUCGAUUCCUCGCAGCAUAUUUUGGCAUUGUUUGACACUGAAACCAUGACCCUGAAUCAAUUUUAGCUACCAGUUAGGUAAUGGUACUCAAAUUUAGAAGAACAACUCAAUGAAAUACACAAUUAUUGCAUUUUGAGGCAUUUGUAAGGUUAGCAGUGACUUAUUUGGAGAUGGGCUUAAACUAGAGUACAGUAGGGAGGAGUUUGUUUGAUCAUUUUUCUGUGCGUCAGUGGCAUGCUUGGUGUCUGCUUGCUGCCAUACGCUCGAGUGAAGGUGUGGUCUUAUUUCGAUAUGUAACAUGUUGCCUUUAACCAAGGUGCUCUUGGAGAAAAUGCAUUGUGCCAAUGUUGUUGCAAAAUCCAGAUACUGGCAACAGUUUCCUGGUUCAUUGUCAAACCACCAGCCUCUGAGUUGGGUUCUACAUAUGAAGCCUGGCUUGGUCCUCCAUGUUGCCUUAAGUCACUUAUGCACAAUAUGGGUGAAAAUUGGUGAUUACUGCCUGGAGACCAUUUUGGAAGAAAAGGUUCAAAGCUAACACUGAUUAUACCACUUGGGUAAACACUUUUCUACAGUGUUCAAUUUGUGCAGUAUGAUUGCAGAGUUUAAAUGAAAUAAAAUCAAUAUUUUCAAAAUAAA